GCCACGUUUUCUGUUUGAUCCGAGAUGGGGGAACAGGAUUUACUCCAACACUUAUCAGCAAUCAAAAGAUCUGUCCUUCAAACAUACAAAACCUUUACCUUCAGUUCCUAGUCCGAUGUGCAAUGUAAACAGGAAGGAAUCUCCUUUCACAGUUACAAAGUACCCUACUUUAGUCUUAGAAGACAGAUGCAGACUUGGUAAUGUAUUGUCAGUUCCGGUAUCUGUUACAACGGCCUCUAUCAGUGCACACGGCAACUCCAAAAACAGGACGCUAAAGAACAGAAUGAGUAAUCCCUCACCUGUCAAAUUAAGCAUCACGGAUCAGUCGUUCGCAGAUCCGUUGUUGGGAGCUUCAGCGUCAUUCAUCCAGAGACUUCUCGAAAUGUCCACACUGCAGGAAAAAACAGUUCAACAAGAGAAGCUCAAAGAAUUCAAGAAGAACAGAAGGCAGGAAGCGUGAAUGCACAAUCUGCUGGUUAAUAGAAAAAGCAAAUAUAAGUGAUUAUUGGACAGAAAUAUUUAACUGUGUUUCUUCAAUUUUGAAUGUGCUUUGAGGUUUCUGUCCAUCAAAGGACAGAAACUUCAAAGCACUUUUGUAAGUUGGUCUGGAUAAGAGCAUCUGCCAAACGCCUGUAUAUGUAAGUGUAAUACAUAAUUAAGGGAAGCUUAGAGCUUCAUUCAGGCUUCGUGGAAAUUAACUGUUAAUUACUGUUAAGGUGCAUUGGAACGCUGUCAGUACAGUAUGUUAAGUCAAGCUUUAAUUAUACUUCCAACCCAUUAUACAAACACGAAAGAGGAAUGGACUUAUUGGGCAAAAUAUGCCCAACUCCACUAUGACAGGUGGCGAUAUGCCUGUGUUAUAAACAUGCUGUAUGACUUUUGAGGACCCCCC